CUAUUGGUCAAUACGUCUUGCUCAGUCGCGUAUUAAAACAUCUAUAGGCUGUUAUCUCAAGUUGUGUAUUAACGUUCACGAAAAUAUUGACUGCGAGACAACUGCUAUUUCAUAUACUUACAACGUUAAAAAUAAGCAAACGUGUUUGUCUUGGAAACGUGAUUUUUCUUGUUUUCUCGCUUCCGCCGGCGCGUUGCCGUCGGCUAGCUGUCACGGCGUCCGUGCCUGCGUUAAGAUGUCUGGCGGAGGAGUCAUCCGAGGCCCCGCAGGGAGCAACGACUGUCGGAUCUAUGUGGGGAACCUUCCCCCAGACAUCCGCUCCAAAGACGUCGAGGACGUGUUCUAUAAGUACGGACUCAUUCGCGAUAUUGACCUGAAAAACCGAAGAGGAGGGCCGCCUUUCGCCUUUGUUGAGUUCGAGGACCCGAGGGAUGCAGAAGAUGCUGUUUAUGGACGUGAUGGUUACGACUAUGACGGCUACAGACUGCGUGUUGAGUUCCCUCGAAGUGGACGUGGAAAUGGUAGGGGAGGUGGUUCUGGAGCUGCAGGGAACCCAAGGGGAAGGUAUGGUCCACCUUCACGUCGCUCAGAAUACAGAGUUGUUGUGUCAGGUCUUCCCCCAAGUGGAAGCUGGCAGGACCUGAAGGAUCACAUGCGUGAGGCAGGUGAUGUAUGUUAUGCUGAUGUGUACCGUGAUGGCACUGGAGUGGUGGAGUUUGUGCGCAAGGAAGACAUGACCUACGCUGUCCGUAAACUGGACAACACCAAGUUUCGCUCCCAUGAGGGAGAGACGGCCUACAUCCGUGUGAAGAUGGACGGUCCUCGCAGCCCCAGCUAUGGCCGCUCUCGCUCCCGCUCCCACUCCCGCUCCCGCUCCAACAGCCGAAGCAGAAGCAAGAGCAACAGUGGAUCUCGCAGCUACUCCCCCCAGCGCAGUAGAGGGUCUCCACGCUACUCUCCCCGGCGUUCCAAAUCGCGCUCUCGCACCUAAGACGCACCUGGCCUGAGAUCAACCACCAGCCAGUUUAAAGCCACCCAAUCUCUGAUUGGAUUGGGCAACCUCGGAGUCCUGUAUAGUCUCUCUGGACUGUUUCUUGUAUUUGUGUUUGCUGUUUCCCUUGUGUGUUUCCCCGUUACCGGGUGUGUUUUAUUUUAUUGUGCUUUGCAGUUCAGCUGGUCUUUUUUUUUAGCUCAGAUAAGAUUGGCUAAAAUAUCUUGGUUGUCUGCUUUCCUUUUGUUAAUGUUUCCUUUCAUCCCAAAAUGUGCAAAAUGCUUUUUGUUGUUUCUUUGUAGGUGAUGUGUUUAUAUAUUUUACUCAGUCUUGCAUUUUUCAUUGUACUUUGACCCUCUCAUGUGUCUCUCUGUAGAGUUCAAAGGAGCAGUAUAGGAUGGAAACAGAUGAAAAAGGAAACACAGUUCAUAUUAGGAUAAACAUGAGGAGGAGGAGGAGACAAAUAAGGCACCAAUGGUAUGAUGGCUGUGGCCUUGCAACUUUAAAAAAUACACAAUAAGAGUUUUCUUUCCUGAAUGUAAAUUUGAAAAUAGCUGAGAACCAAAUCCUUCCCGUUGAUUUAAAGGUUUAGCUGUGCUGCUGUAUUUCCACAUGCACCAAUUUAAUUUCAAAAAGCAGCACGGUUACUUGGUGUCUGUCAGUAGCCCAGAAAACCUUCUUUUCUGGUUCUGUUGUUUUUUCAUAAUAAGAUUCUUUAUUGGUUCAAGACAGUAAUAAGUUAACUAAAAUAAUCCUAGAUGGUGAUUUUUUUUUCAAGUGUAAACUUCCUCCUGUGGAUGCAUUUGUUGACAUUUUAAUUUGUGAAGGUGUGAUUCUAACUUGCCUCCUUCUCUUUGGUUCUACUGGUAUUCCAAAGGUUUGGACUGGUCUCAUUGUCCUCCCCCAUUCUGGAGCCGGAUUCAGGAUCAGAUUAGGUUUAGGCUUCAGGAUGGAUACAUGGAGCAGGAGUGUGGGAGCAUUUUACUGGGAGAGGAUCCCGACCCCUGGCCCUGUCCACAUAGCCCCAUCCAGCCGGAAACAUUGUAGUAAAACAUUCAAACUAAAUUGGCUUAUAAAUAGACAAAAGACUUGGUUUUGUGUGGGACUUCAGACACAUGAUCACUGAAGGCAUCGUGAUGAGUAAAUGUUUUUCAGAUUUUUUUUUAAUUAAGAGGAGAAUCUUUCUGAUCAAAACCAGGAGGAGGGCUGAGAGGUGUGGGAUGGAUCUGCGCACAAGGAGAGUGGUAAAUAGUGGGUAAAUAUUAAGAGAAGAAGGGAGCAUUGGCAGAUGAAGAGCAAAUGUUCCUUUAAUGUGGGUUUUCCUUUAUAGGUUUAAAGUUUUUGCAGCAUUACUAUUAUUUUGCUUAAUAGAAUUUGAAUAUGUGGAAAGAUUGUUUUCAUCAAUAAAAGAUCAGUUAACAAGUACAA